AAAUAGCAACAUUUACUCUCAUAAAGUUUUCACAAAUUUUAACACACAUCUCUUUUGACAUGCUGCUAGCAAGUUAUAGAAUAGACGAAUUAGUAAUAUUAAAGAAUAAAUAAUUUUAGGCAAUAUCAAUCCGACGAAUUAAUGGGUUAUCUGGUUUGUGCAUGUCAUUGAUUCAUUAAUACACAAUGAUUAUUCUCAGAAAGUGUUAUCAUAUUUUUGUUUUGCAUUACAUUAGAGUAUGGUUUGACACUGACAAGCAUGUGAAAAAAUACAUAAAGUUACAUUCAUUAAUUGUCAUUUAACAUUAGUGGUUGGCAUGUUGCAUUAUAAGUAAUCUUAGUCAUAAUGUUCGUACACCCCAUUGGGUUUUGGAUGUAUCAAAAUGUGUUUCAUUAGUAAUCGUAAUUGAUUAACCAAUAAAAAGCAUUGUUACAGAUAUAACAAUAUGCACGCGUCAUAAUUAUCCGUAGGUAUUCUCAAGUAUUUAAGUUCACGUAAUUGGAAAUUGAACGAAGUCUGAAAGCGUGAUUGCAUCAGUAAACAACAAUAUUUUCGACUGAGUUAUAAUACAGUUUUUACGGAUAGAAGAGACUAAGCAUAAACAGUUAUCAGAAGUUAACAUUUUGCGGCUCAGUGUGAUUCAUCCAGCAAUAAUACUGUUUCAAUUUACGACUUUAUUACAUUUAUGAUAUAGAAAGAGACUAUUUCAAGGCAACAACAAUAUAUCUGAGAUAUAGGUUAAUUGAAGCAUCCAAUAGAUCAAUACUUCUUUAAACAUGAAACUUCAAAGAAGCAUGGCUAUUGUGAGAAUUGCUUUUGUACUGGUAAUAAGUAUUGCCAUUGUAAAUGCAGCAGUAGCCAACCGACUAGACGAGGAUUUAUUUAAUGAUGAAAAUGACGGCUCAAUCACUUUAAAGUCGGUAGAUUCGUCCUUUGAUUACAAAGUUGAUCAUCAGAUGCACACUAUUCCAUUACGUCAUUUUGCAAGACACGGCCUAUGCAGGAAUAAGAGAGAUAAGCAACAUUUCUAUAAAGCAUUGAAAGGAAAGUUAUGUCAAAUCAAAGAGAUGUUUGUAGCAACAUUUGUUGAAGACCUGUGCAAACACAGAGGUUCUUUUCUAGAUAAAUGGGUCUCAGAAUUGUUUGAUGUGGAUGGUGAUGGAAUGAUUACUCACCAUGAAAAGAUGCUGUACGAAGUUAACAAGUAACCCUUUACUGCUGUUGAACUAAACAAAAUGUGGGAACAAAAAAAAAAGAAAACGACAGCACAAAUGUGCUAGAGCUUGCAAAGAUACAUAUGGAUAAGUAUAUUUACAUUAUUCAUGUGAAUAGACUUCCAUGAGUAUUAUGUGAUAUCUUGAGAAGUGUGUUGAAACUUUGCCUUAUAUCAUCUUGAACUUCAAACUUAUUUACAUUUUAUAUAAAGAUUAUAUAUAAAGCAUGCAAACGUAAUCAAAACGUAUCCUUUAUUCUUUAUUAAAUAUGAUAUAGAUAGCUUAUACUAUGUGAUUUUUAAACUUAAUACAAGCUGAUAAUGCUAUCAUUAUGCUGUAAUUUAUGAAGGGGCAUUAAAAUGUUUUUGAUAAGUUAUUGUUAUCGUAUCUUCAGUUUUAUAAAACUUAGAUAAUUUGAAAUAAGUACAUUAAUUUUAAUUGGACUUUCACUUAACUAUGAAUUGUAAAAUUGUCAAAAUGCAUAUGCGUUGCUUUGAUACUCACUUAGUUUUAACAAUUAUAUUUGUUCAUUGCUUGCACACAUACAUAUCUAAAAACGGUUAAAAUGAGUUAUUUUUACGAUAAGAUACGUUUUUGAAUUGCAUUUUAGGCAUCGGAUAUGUGUGCUUGUUUACAAUAGAUAUGCUUGUUAAAAU